CAGCAGCAGCAGCGGCGGCGGCGGCAGCAGCAGGGUGGGCUUCUCUCCCCUCCUCCGCCUCCUGCUGCUGCCGUCUUCCCCGCUUCUUUCUCCGCAGCCCCGCCAGCCCCGAGCGGCGACAGGAGCGGCAGCGGCAGCAUCCUCGGCGGCGGCGGCGGCAAGCAAGAAGCCCCCCCCCCCCUCGCCCGGCUCUGCCAGGCAUGGGCCACCCACUGGAAAGGCAGCAGCAGCAGCAGCGAGGAGGAAGCCGGUCUUCGCCCCCAGCCCUGCCCUCCGCCAGCAGCAGCAGCAGCAGCAGCAGCCCGCGGCAUGGACGGCGGCAGCAGCAGCAGCCCUCCGACUGCCUGACUGGAACCGCCGCCGCCGAGCAGGGCUGGUUCCUAGGAGGAGGAGGAGAGGAAGAAGAAGAAGCGGGUCUGCAUUGAGCCGCCAGCAGGCGGGAUUGCGUCGCUCUCGCCACACGCCCACCGGCCGCCCCGCCGCCCGCCGCCGUCGAACUUGUUGCUGAGGGGAAGCGGCGGGAAGAAGGGGCGGGCGGAGGAGGAGAAGCCUCUCGCGGAGAGAGGUGGCGGGGGGGGGGGAGAGACGCACGCGCGCCCGCCACCUCCAUGCCAAACGGGGCGCCCCGGCCACGAGGCGACUUCGCCAGACUGGAUUAUUUCUAAAAAGAACCCCUGGGCAAACCAGUAGCAACUUACACCAUGGCAGCAGGAGUAGCAGCAUGGCUGCCUUUUGCUCGGGCAGCUGCUAUAGGAUGGAUGCCGGUGGCCACAAACCCCAUGCCGACUGCCCCUCGCCAAGAGAGGAAGCGUAGCCAGGACUCUCUGAUUGUGCUGAAUGUCAGUGGCACCCAGUUCCAGACCUGGCUGGAUACCCUGGAACGCUAUCCUGACACGCUGCUGGGCAGCUCAGAAAGGGAUUUCUUCUACCAUCCUGAGACGCAGCAAUACUUUUUCGACCGGGACCCUGACAUCUUCCGACACAUCCUCAAUUUCUACCGAACAGGGAAGCUACACUACCCGCGUCAAGAGUGCAUCUCAGCCUAUGAUGAGGAGUUGGCCUUCUUUGGUAUAAUCCCCGAGAUCAUUGGUGACUGUUGCUAUGAGGAAUAUAAGGACCGGCGGCGGGAAAAUGCCGAACGUCUUCAGGAUGAUGCUGAUCAGGAUAAUGCCGAUGAAUGCAAUCUGCCCUCCAUGACAGCGCGGGAGAGGAUGUGGCGGGCCUUUGAGAAUCCACACACCAGCACGCUGGCCCUGGUAUUUUACUAUGUUACGGGCUUCUUCAUUGCCGUCUCCGUCCUUGCCAAUGUAGUGGAGACAGUACCCUGUGGGCUAAGUCCUGGUACCAUCAAGGAGCUGUCCUGUGGAGAGCGCUAUGAUGUGGCUUUCUUCUGCCUGGAUACGGCCUGUGUCAUGAUCUUCACAGUUGAGUAUCUGUUGCGUCUAGUGGCUGCCCCGAGCCGUUACAAGUUUGUGCGUAGUGUCAUGAGCAUCAUUGAUGUAGUGGCCAUUAUGCCCUAUUACAUUGGUCUUGUGAUGACCAACAAUGAGGAUGUCAGUGGGGCCUUUGUAACACUGCGUGUCUUCCGUGUCUUCCGGAUCUUUAAGUUUUCCCGCCACUCGCAGGGUUUGCGCAUCCUGGGCUACACUCUGAAAAGCUGUGCAUCAGAGCUUGGCUUUCUCCUCUUUUCUCUCACUAUGGCCAUCAUAAUCUUUGCUACGGUCAUGUUCUAUGCUGAGAAAGGCUCAACGUCCACCAAAUUCACCAGCAUCCCUGCAGCUUUCUGGUAUACCAUUGUCACUAUGACCACCCUUGGGUAUGGUGACAUGGUGCCGAAGACAAUCGCUGGGAAGAUCUUUGGCUCAAUUUGUUCCCUGAGUGGGGUCUUAGUCAUUGCCCUUCCAGUUCCUGUCAUUGUCUCCAAUUUCAGCCGCAUCUACCAUCAGAACCAACGGGCAGAUAAGCGCAAGGCACAAAAGAAAGCCAGGCUCGCUAGGAUCCAUGCUGCGAAGAGUGGGACUGCCAACGCAUACAUGCAGAGCAAAAGGAACGGCUUGCUCAGUAACCAGUUAUGCGGUGAUGAACAAGAGGCCUUUGUUAGCAAAUCUGGUUCUUCCUUUGAAAUCCAGCACCACCACCUGCUCCACUGUCUGGAAAAAACCACGAAUCACGACUUCCUGGAUGAACAAGCCUACGAAGAAAGCUGCAUGGAAGUGUCCGCUGUCAACAGGCAGUCCAGCCAUAGUCCUUCCCUCUCUUCUCAACAUGGAGUGACGAGCUCUUGCUGCUCACGGAGACAUAAAAAGACAUUCCGCAUCCCGAACACUAACCUAACUGGCAGUCGCCCAAGUAGUGUGCAAGAACUCAGUACCAUUCAGAUCAGAUGCAUGGAAAGAACACCUCUGUCUAACAGCCGAUCCAGUUUAAAUGCCAAAAUGGAAGAGUGUGUUAAACUAAACUGUGAGCAGCCUUAUGUAACCACAGCAAUAAUCAGCAUUCCAACACCGCCUGUGACUACGCCGGAGGGAGACGAUAGACCGGAAUCUCCAAGGUACUCAGGAGGAAACAUUGUCAGAGUAUCUGCUUUAUAAAACAGUUAGAAUAAAGACCACUCGGAAGCUGAAGUGCGGCCAAGAGCAUAAGAUCCCGAAGAAAGAGGGACACGACAACUCUUUGUUCAGUGGAAUGGCCAACAAGAAAAAGAAAGAAAAUUUGAGUUUCUGGAGAUGCAAAACAUUUGGGGUUUUCAAUAUUGAACUGUGUGCUUUGGGCAACCAAAUGGAAUUUCUACACAUCACUUGAACUUUUCUGGAGCAAACUCUUCUGUGACUCUUUUGAUUUACUCUAUGAGCACAAUGAAAGGUCUCCCAUUGAUGCUUCUUCUUACCAGGAAAAAUCUUUUUGAUAAAAUAUCUAAAAAAAAAAAAAAACCACACCCGGCAACCCACCAGUCAGACAGUUCCAAAUGAAUGCAAAACCAAGACUGGAAAUGAAGUUUUGAUAAUGUGUCCCCCUUUUUCCUGUUGAUAAACCAUGAACCCAUGUCCAAGUGAGUUUAAAAGAGAUAGUGAGAAAAUGGCUCAUACAAUAUUUGUAUCGAUUGAAAGAAACACAACCAUAAUGCAUGUGAAAAUUCUUUGGAGCUGUGAUCUGAGUUUACUUCUGUUGUUUCUUUCAGGUUAGGCAUGAUAACAUUUUACUGUAGAAAAGGGACAUUUCUGUGCACUUACAAAAAAACAAAAACUGAUUGUUAAUGUUCCAUGGUUGUGCAAAUAACUUCCUUUCUUGUGGGGGAAAUGAAGUAUUUCUCACUUGAAACAUGCAUUAGUGAACUUGAGGUGUUCAGUUAGUUUAGCAUCUAUCAUUCUUUUUGCUUGCUUCCUUGGUACUGUUACAACUGCAAUAAUUCAACAUACACCUCUUGUAUCAGGAAUCAGGCCUUUAUGUAUAAAACUGCACAAAUUCAGCUACACAGGUAACAUAAUCACCCGGAUAGACAGUAAAGUAUUUUCUGUUGUAUGAAAAUGUUUUGAAUAAUUUCAAAAGCAAAAUUUUUGUGUCACAGAUGUUAGCUUUUGGGUUUUUUAAAAAAGUUUAUUUAAUUCUCAUUACCCUGUAAUUCCUUAAAGCCAACCAUUGCCUUUCGCUGCAUUUCUAUCCUCUUUGAAUGUCAAGGGUUUCCAUAAAUUAACUGAGAAACCCUGUUUUAUGAACACCAUCCUUUAUGUUUCCUGAAAACGACAGUCUUCCUAGUGCAGUGAUACAAUGUAAAUCUCAUCCAAAGUGACAAUCACUUGGUUUAGUGAUUAACAUCUCUAAAACGUCGCUGUUAUGUUGUGCUAUUAGACAAGCUGAGCACUGGGAGACAUGCAAGUUAAUUUGCAGAGGAUUACGAAAAUGUUGAUUGUCAAAUCUGUAGUCGGAAACACUUAGUAAUGCAAUACCCUCAACAAGGAUGAAUGGUGAAAAGGACCUAAUUUUGCAAAAAAACUGUGACGUCAAAGGAUGUACCCCGAUAGGAUUACUCAUAUAAUUGUAGGAACAAUACACAAACUUUACUGUUUAAAUCUCUUUUUUUUCUUUGUUUGUUUCAUUGUCCAAAGGAUUUUUAAAAUGCUGUUUCCAGAAAAGUAACUUUUCUCCACCGUUGCUAAUUUGUUUAGGGACAUGGUGGGUUGGUUUUUUUCAUCUUUUCAAAUCUUCAAGAUAUUUCUAAGUAAGAACGUGUAACCAAACAUUGAAGGUGCUUCUCAAGAAACUACUAAAUAGAUUUAUAUAGCACCUCUGCUAGAAUGGGUCCUAUAUGAUUGUGUAUUAACAGAUGUGUCUUCAUCUAGUCAUUGAAUACACUGCUGUAUGGAAGUAAGGAUGUCCUUACAUAGUUUCUUGUCUGCAAUUAUGUCAUAUUAAAAAUAAUAUAUUGGAUGUUG